AUGCCCAGUUCAGUCACACCCAAAGAUGCAUUCAUUGCUUUGAAUCAAGAGCAAACGCAAAACCUUACUGGUUUCCACGCUCUACUGCAGCUCAUGGCCCAAAAAUUGCCUGAAACCCCACUGCGGACAUACAAUAUAGUUAUUGUUGGACUUCGAGGAGUGGGAAAAUCCACUUUAGCAUUAAUGGCACUGGCAGCUUUGGGAUUCAGACUCUUGGAUGUUGAAAAAUGUGUCUCUGAACAUAGUGGAAUGCCCGAAGCAAAGUUCUUGGAGCUGGUAACCGUCGAGCAGUACCAGCAGUUGCAAUAUGAUUUAAUUACCGCUGCAGUCGGUGAGCACAAAGAAAGCAAGAUAAUUGUCAUGCCACUGACAGUAAUCAAUUCCCAGAAGCUUCUCAAUUAUCUUAGGAGUGAUACCUUCAGUUUCAUCAUCAAUGUGGAAUGCGAAGAAGAGAGAAUCCUAAACUACUUGAAUUUUGAAGGAGAUAGAGAAGCCGGGAUAGCUCUUAUUCAGAAUAAGUUCGCUAUGUUCAGAAGCAUUUCUACUCACGAUUUCUUCAAUUACUUUACUCAAACCUCGGAAUGGAAACGUAAUCUCAUUUCCAUUGGGCGAGAUGAGGACGUCAAUUCCGAAGCGUCCUCUUACUUCGUGCUCAAGCCAGUGGAGCGAGAAUUCAUAAAGUUUCUUACCUUCUUGAUCCGUGGACCUGUAGCUGCUUCUGCUUCCGUGGGAAAUCUUCAUCUUCGGUCAAACUUCAUAAAUGGGUUCAGUAACUGUUUAGAAGUGCCCAUUCCGUCAUGUUUCGAGAGUCUUGAAGAAAAGGAUUUCAUUGGAGUUGAUUGUAUUGAGUUCUCUAUUGACAUGAUUGAGCUUAUCAAGCACGAGCUAUCCACAUCAAAGCUUAAAAUGAGUGAAGUGAUCUCUAAGACUAGAAGAAUGACCAAUACCUCCAUCCCACUAAUCAUGAGCAUUCUGAACUCGCUCUCAGAGAUAAGCUUAUUCAUUAGGGAGCUUGCUCUUUCAACAUCCAGAGAUGUGCAGUCAAUUCGUAGUGAUUUGAAGAAUUACUAUGUGUCGUUGCUUGGAUAUGGAAUCAGACUAGGUAUUGACUAUCUAUCUGUUGAUUUGGCAUUGUGUCAGGAAACACCACACAACUUCUUUCUUGACCUGAAAACGCCCACUGAAAGCAUGUUUCGCUUAUUAGAGAAUCUCAAAGCUAAUUGUGGAAGUACAGAGAUUGUUGGCUCAGCACAUUCGUUCCGAUCAGAUUUCUGGGAAUCAGAGGCAUUCUCUUUAGUGAAGAUUGCGAAUUCUUUGAAUAUAACAACCUUGAGACUUUCUUCCGAUGCGAAUCUGCUAAAUGACAACAUUCGUGUUGCAAGUUUCCUCAAAGCUAUCCGCGCGGAGUAUCACCAUAUUAGAGUCUGCGCAUACAACAAAGGGCCGUUGGGUUUUCUAUCCAAGGCAAUUAAUCAGAUUUUGACUCCCAUUGCGAUGGAACGUGUCAUCGAGUUCGAGAACUCGUUAACACUGCGCCAGCUUCUGAGUAUACUAUUUUCUACCCAUGUUUUACCCUCAUUAAGGUUCUUUAUCAUAGGUCAGAAUGUAUCCAAAUCGCUUUCGCCAUUUCUUCACGGUGAAGCUUACAAAGCACUUGGUUUGCCUUAUACUUACCAAUACAUCGAAUGCAAAUCAUUUAAGGGAACGUUUCUGCAACUUAAGCAACAGCAGAAUUUUGGAGGGGCAGCUGUCAUUAUGCCCUUCAAACUUGAAGCCUUGGAUCAUGUUGAUUCCAUGUCGAAUCACGUGAAGGUUAUUGGUGCUUUAAACACCAUAAUUGCUGAAAGAGACCCUGUUCAUCCACAAAGAAUAGUCACUAUAAGAGGCGAGAACACCGACUGGCUCGGGGUGAGAAUGACACUUCAGGAUAACACUUCACCAAUCAACUCUGUUAGUCCUAAUAAGAGUGCACUCGUGAUAGGAUCUGGUGGUUUGAGUAGGUCAGCAAUUUAUGCGUUGAUUCAGUUGGGCUACGAAAACAUCAUGCUCUACAACAGAACAAAAGAAAGAGCACAGAAAUUGGCAGACCAUUACAAUAUGCUCUCGCCAAUGAUGCCUUCGAAGUCUUUAACUGCUGGUGAGCUUUGUGACAGUAAGAAGGAUCUUAAAUAUUUCACGAUCCAUGUUUUGCUGGAUGAGCAAUUUGAGCAAGGAAUACUUCCCCUGGGUGUCCGUUCAUACCCUAUCAGCAUUAUCUCCUGUGUUCCAAGUUCCAAUCCACAAACUGGAGAAUUGAUUAACAUUCCGGUUUGUGAAGCCUGGUAUUCCAAUAGUACCGGAGGAGUUGGUCUUGAAACUGGAUAUGACCCCUUGAUCACACCAUUCUUAGAGAGAACGAACCAGUUUUCUUCAGGAGGAUGGACUGCUCUCAAUGGCCUUAAUUGGUUGUUUGCACAAUCGAUUGCACAGUUUGAAAUGUUCACAGGAAAACAAGCCCCCGUAUCUGUGAUGAAAACAGUUGUGAGCAACAUUUUCGAGCAGAGGUCUUGA